AUGGAUAAUGGGGAGAGGCAAACCCUGCACUUGAGCAGCAGCAUGAAGAAUAAUGCGGUGCAGUUUCUACUCAAGCACAACCAUGAUGGAGUACUAGCAAGAGGGGCUGUAAUGGAGACAGCAGAAACUUUUAGCAUCAGUAGGAACACAGUAUAUAGGCUAUGGAAGGCAGCCAAGGAGCAGAUGCAAAGGGGAGAACCUGCAAUGAUGGAAGGAAAAGUUAGAGGCUACCAUCAUGUUGACAUAUUAGAACUUGAUCAAGAAAAGGAUAGAAACUUAUCUACUCUUGAAAGAUCUUCCCUGAGAAAGAUGACAGUAAAAUUGAAUGUGAGCAAGAGCACAUUAGGUCAGUGGGUGAAGCAAGGUAAACUACGACCAUAUACAAAUGCAAUCAAACCUGCCCUCACCAAUAUGAAUAAGAUAGCAAGAUCUAGAUGGAGUCUUAGUCAACUUCAACCACAGAUUACUCAAGGUAGAGUUCAGUUUCAAAGCAUGCACAAUGUAGUGCAUAUAGAUGAAAACUGGUUCUAUAUGACCAAGGUGUCAGACAGGUACUACCUCUUGCCGAAUGAAGAUGAGCCAUAUAGGUCAUGCAAAUCCAAGAGAUACAUCACCAAAUUGAUGUUUAUGUGUGCUGUCAGUAGACCACAGUUUGGUAUGGAUGGGCAGGCAACUUAUGAUGGUAAGGUGGGAAUAUUUCCCUUCACUGAAGUACUGCCAGCACAGAGGAAGUCAAAGAACAUGGCAAGAGGCACCAUGGAAACCAAAGCAAUCAAUUCAGUCACAAAAGGCAGUGAUGAGGGACUGCCUUAUCCACAAGAUUUUCAGGCCGUUGCCAAUUCAGAUGGAUUUAAAAUCCAACUGAUUUGUCAACCACCUAAUUCCCCUGACACUAACAUCUUAGACCUGAGAUUUUUUAGAGCAAUUCAGUCACUGCAGCAUGAGAAACCAUGCAAGACCGUGGAUGAACUUGUGGGGAAUGUGUGUAGCUCAUUUGCAGAGUUGUCACCACAAACUCUCAACGGAGUUUUCCUAAGCUUGCAGGCUUGCCUCACUGAAAUCCUACAGUGCAGAGGUGGAAAUGGAUACAAAGUCCCACACAUCAACAAUGACAGACUACAAAGAAAUGGGGGACUCCCCAAUGUGCUGGAAGUGGAGGAGGAUGUUGUGAGAGAUGUGUUGCACUACUUACAAAUGUCAGAGAACAAUGUUGGGUCAAUGUAUGAUAUUAGCCCUCUGUCAAAUGCAUUUGGUUUCUAG